UUUCUUCUUGGUGGAGUGUCUCCCCGCCCCCGCCCUCCCCGGGAAGGGUGACUGCUCCUCGGCCUCGGUGGCCUCCCUCUCCUGCUCCCCACUUGUCCCAGGAGUCAGCUGUCCCCCAACCCCCUGGUACCAUGCGCAUCCUUGCCUGCCUCCUUGCUGCCCUCCUGGGGAUUCACUGUGCGGAGCGCCUGCGCCUGUCGUCCGGCCCCCACGGGUGCGCGGGGCGGCUGGAGGUCUGGCACGGGGGCCGCUGGGGCACGGUGUGCGACGACGGCUGGGACCUGCGGGACGCGGCGGUGGCCUGCCGGGAGCUGGGCUGCGGCGGGGCCCUGGCCGCCCCGGGGGGCGCCUUCUUCGGGGAGGGGGCCGGCCCGGUCUGGCUGAGCGAGCUGGCCUGCCGCGGGGCCGAGGACCGGCUGUCCCUGUGCCCCCACCGCGGCUGGAAACCCCACGUCUGCUCCCACGAGGAAGACGCUGGCGUCGUCUGUGUGGGCCAUCGAGCUGCAAGUUCCCGAGUUGACCCCGACCCCCCUCAAGCUGGGGGCCUGUGGCCGGGGCUCCUGGGAAGACUCAACCCGGGACCCGAGGCCACGCCCACACCCCACGCUCCCCAUCCAGCGGGCACCCCCAACAGCAGCCUCCACAGGAAGGGCCUCCGGCCAGGGAAGCCCCCCAAGCCCAACCGAAAGGCGCUGGCCGCCACCGACGCCCCCCAAGAGGAGCGCCUGCGCCUGUCGUCCGGCCCCCACGGGUGCGCGGGGCGGCUGGAGGUCUGGCACGCGGGCCGCUGGGGCACGGUGUGCGACGACGGCUGGGACCUGCGGGACGCGGCGGUGGCCUGCCGGGAGCUGGGCUGCGGGCGGGCGCUGACCGCCCCGGGGGCGGCCCGGUUCGGGGAGGGAGCCGGCCCGGUCUGGAUGGACGACGUGGGCUGUGGCGGAGAGGAACCGGCGCUUCGCGACUGCCCUCGCAGCCCCUGGGGACGCAGCAACUGCGACCACAGCGAGGAUGCUGGCGUGGUCUGUGCCGGUCCCGCUCCCCGCCUGCGCCUGUCGUCCGGCCCCCACGGGUGCGCGGGGCGGCUGGAGGUCUGGCACGGGGGCCGCUGGGGCACGGUGUGCGACGACGGCUGGGACCUGCGGGACGCGGCGGUGGCCUGCCGGGAGCUGGGCUGCGGCGGGGCCCUGGCCGCCCCGGGGGGCGCCUUCUUCGGGGAGGGGGCCGGGCCCAUCCUGUUGGACGACCUGCGCUGCCGCGGCAACGAGACGGGCCUGCGGCUCUGCCCUUCCCGACCCUGGGGCCAGCACGACUGCCACCACCGGGAGGACGCCGGCCUGGUCUGCGACGGGCUCCCCCUCAGCUUCAGCGCCCCGGCGCCUCCCCCGGGCAGCGGUCCCCAUCUGCCUGGGACGGCGACGACCAAGACGCCGCCUCUAACGGGGACCCCUCGCACACCUGGGGAUGCCGGCAAGAAACGGGGAGAUUCCCUCCCAUCUGCUUCCCCAACCCUGCCCCGCGUGGAGGCCCCCCUGGUCUCUGAGGGGAGACGGGGAGAUGUCCUCCCCACAGUUUCACCCAUGGACCCCCAAGAACCAGGACGUGGCGAGGAACCGUUCCGGCUGCGACUGGUAUCCGGGCCGGGCCCAUGCGCGGGACGGCUGGAGAUCUGGCACGGGGGCCGCUGGGGGACAGUGUGUGACGACGGCUGGGACCCCCGAGAUGCGGCGGUGGUCUGCCGGGAGCUGGGCUGCGGGGGGCCCCUGAUCCCCGGCCCUGACGCCGGCCGCUACGGCUGGGGCUCGGGCCCUAUCUGGCUGGAUGAGGUUGGCUGCCAGGGGACUGAAACCACGCUGGCCUCCUGCCCAGCGGCCCCCUGGGGAAGGCACAACUGCGCCCACAAUGAAGACGUGGGGGUCAUCUGCGCAGGGGCGCCGGAAUCCAAUUCCCUCCCGGACAUAUUAAGCUGGAGCUGGGCGACCAAGCUGGGAGAAGGGGAUGCUUGGUCCACCAGGAAAUGGAUGACCGAGACCCCCAGGGGAUUGCCCACCAAGACCACCGGCCUACUAACCACCAAGCCGCCCAGAACACUGGGCUCUGGGACUCCUAAGGAGACGACCACAAGGAUGCCGGGAAAACAAACCUCUAAGUUUCCCCGAAAAUGGGGCCCCAAAACCACUCGGAAACCGACCACGAAGAGCCCUGAGAAACUGACCACUGUGAGCCCUAGGGAAUGGGCCACUCAGGCGCCUAAGGAACUACCCCCCACGACCCCCAAAACCUCCGAAACCUCUCAAGAGCCAGCCCAUUCCCCAACUGUAGCCGCGAGCACUUUAGGGGAGACAGGAGCCCAGCCAACCUUCACAACUAGCGACCUUCCAGUUGGGCCCCACUCGGGAAGCGACCCGGAAACAGAAGGAUCAGGUCAAUUCCGCUUGCGACUGGCUGACGGACCGGAGCCCUGCGCCGGGAGACUAGAGGUCUGGUACGGGGGGAGCUGGGGCACGGUGUGCGACGACGGCUGGGACCCCCGGGACGCGGCCGUGGCCUGCCGGGAGCUGGGCUGCGGGGGGCUUCGGCCCCGAGUGGGGAAGACCUACUACGGCUCUGGGGCCGGGCCCAUCUGGUUGGACGACGUCAGUUGCUCCGGGCGCGAAGCCUCCCUGGCCGACUGUCCGGCGCCUCCCUGGGGGGAGCACAACUGUGACCACGAGGAAGACGUUGGGCUCACGUGCACAGGGAAUACAGAUUAUGAUUCCAUUUCUUGGGAGUGGAACCCCGCUUCUGAAAAGGAACUGCCCAAGAAGACCCCCAAAGCAGGGACCCCAGACUCCCUGCCUGAAGAGACAAGCAAAGCCACUCCAGCCCCACGGACCCAGCCGUGGACGGGCCGGGAGCGAGGCCAAGAUCCAGGCAUCCACUCCCACCUGGAGGGUCCGCGGCCGUCCAGCCCGCGGGGAGCCGGUUCUCCCGCUUCACCUACGAGGAGCCCCAAACCCACUGGGACCCCAGGCCGUGCCCCCGACCCUGACCGUUCCUCUGGGCCGUUACCUGCCCCGGUGACCACUGGCUCUCCCCCGGCCCUUUGGCUGGCCCCUCAUUCUUCCCCAAACCCGCCACUCACCCCUGACCUCACCUCGGCCCCGGCGCCAACCCCUGACCGCACCACGUCGCCAACACCGACCCUUGACCACUCUACAUCCCCAGCACCGACCCCUGACCUCACCUUAGCCCCAACGUCGACCCCUGACCUCACCACAUCACCGAUCCCUGACCUCACCACAUCCCCGUCGCCGACCCCUGACCUCACCACAUCCCCUUCAGCGGCCCCUGACCUCACCACAUCCCCCUCACCGACCCCUGACCUCACCACAUCCCCCUCACCGACCCCUGACCUCACCACAUCCCCCUCACCGACCCCUGACCUCACCACAUCCCCCUCACCGACCCCUGACCUCACCACAUCCCCCUCACCGACCUCUGACCGCACCACAUCCCCAUCACCGACCCCUGAUCCCACUACAUCCCCCUCACCGACCCCUGAUCCCACUACAUCCCCCUCCCCGACCCCUGAGCUCACCACAUCCCCCUCACCGACCCCGGCCCUCACCACGUCCCCCUCACCGACCCCUGCCCUCACCACGUCCCCCUCACCGACCCCUGACCUCACCACAUCCCCCGCUCCAACCUCUGACCUCUCCACAUCUCCAGCUCCGACCGCCGACCCCACCACAUCCCCAGCUCCGACUCUUAACUUCACCACCUCACCGGCUCUGACCCCUGACGUCACCUCGGCCUCAGCGCUAACCCCAGACCUCACCACAUCCCCAGUGCCAGCUCCUAACCUCACCUCGGCCUCAGAACCAAACCCUGCCCUCACCUCAUCCCCAGCACCGACCCCUGACCUCACCUCGGCCCCAGCGCCGGCCCCUGAAUUUAUCACGGCCUCAGAGCCGAACCCUAAGCUUGUCCGAAGCCCCGAAUCGAGUCUCGGCCUGACCACAACCCCGAAGCUGACUCCUAACUCGCACGCGACCCAGGAACCGACACCUGUCUUCACCGUGUCUUCUGAUCUGAACUUUGACCCCAUGAAGGCAUCCAGCCCGACUACGACACCGGAACUGACUCCUGAUAUGGCCCCAAUCCCAGAGUUGACACCGGACCUCCCCACGCUCCCAGACGUUCCCUCUGAUUUCACCGUGACCCGCGUGUCGGAGUUGACCCAGGACUCUCUCUCAUCUCCCGAGCCAACCCCUGUCCCUGAGCCAGAUCCCGGGCUGAUGACUGACCCCUUCUCCGUCCCCCGACUCAUCCCUGUUCUGUCCACCCAGCCGUCUGGUGGGAUCCCGACACCUGACCCCUCUGUGGCUUCACCUCCAACCCUCGGUUCCCCCACGAUCUCUGACCCCUCCGGGAUGCCAUCGGCCACCCCCGGUCAUCACGCCGCAACCGCUCAGGUGACCUCUGACCCCGGGGCCUGUGUAGCGACCCCCGUGAAGGUCAUGGCCUGUGAGCCCCCAGCGCUGAUAGAACUAGUGAGGGCCGUGAAGGGGGUGGGCAUGCAACUGGGCAUCUUGGCCCAGGCCGUCCAGAAGAACCAGGGUGACCUGAAGGCCCUGUACACGGGCUUGGGGAAGCUGAAUGGGGCACUCCAGGGGCUGGGGCACCUGGGAGAAGUUGCGAAGGGCCUUGAGGACCUGGGAGAAGCCACAAAAGGCCUGGAGCAGCUAGGGAAAGUGGUGAGGAAGCUGAGCCAAAUGGGAGAAGCCGUGAAGGAGCAGGCCGAGAUCCCCCGGACCACCCCCGACACUCUCUUCCCCUCGUCCAACUCCCUGGAGGAGGAGGAAGAGCGUCCCCUGAGGGGUGAUGUGUGAGAUCCCACCUCCCUGCUCAGCUCUUCCAACCCGGAAUGUACCAGAAUAUGUGCCCUGGGUGAAGAAGGGAGCUAUAAACUGUCCCUCUGUACUCCUGUGCAAAAGAAAUAAAAGCAAAGCAUCGCUGAGAA